CCACGCAGCCACUGCCGCUUCCUCUAUAAAGGGACACAAGCGUCCGUCGGGGCCCAGGCACUGAGCAGAUUUUCCCCAUGACACCACCUGGACAUCUCCACCUCCUGAGGGUGCUUGGCAGCCCCUUCCUCCUCCUCCUGGGGCUGCUGCUACUGGCCCUGCCACCAGGGGCCCAGGGUCUCACUCGUAUUGGCCAGUCUACAGAUCAACACCCCCACAAGCAUUCCUUCUAUGGCACCUUCAACCCUAUUGCUCACCUUGUUGGAGACAUUCACACCCCCGGCUCACUGAGCUGGACAGCGAACACAGAUCGCACCUUUCUCCAUGGUUUCACUGUGAACAACAAUACCCUCGUGGUCCCCACGGCUGGUCUCUACUUCGUCUACUCUCAGGUGUUCUUCAGUGGCAACAGCUGUCCUUCUGACGGCACCCCUCUCCUCCUAACCCAUGAAGUCCAGCUCUUCUCCUCCCAGUACCCCAACCACGUGCCUAUCCUCAGUGCCCAGACAUCUCUGUGUCCAGGGAUAGAAGGACCGUGGAUGCGCUCACUGUAUGUGGGCGCUGUGUUUGUGCUCACUCAGGGGGACCAACUCUCUACUCAGACAAACGGCCUCUCUCAUCUAGACUUAAGGCCCAGUAGUGUCUACUUUGGAGCUUUUUCUCUGUAGAACUUGGAAAAGUCUAGAAAAGAAAAAGAUAGACAGAAAUUGAUUUCAAGGCCUUCUCCCUAUUUAUCUCCAUUCUGACCAUUUCAAGGGUUACAGUAACUCUCCUUUGCCCAUCCCAACAGUCUCAAGACGUCCACUCCAGUUACCUGGAGCUUUCCAGGCAUUCCAGCAGUCCAACACUUGUGUGGAACAUGCCGAGGCUCCUCUGAGGAAAUCCCUAGGACAGAGCUGCGUGUCUGUCCCGCUUGUCUAGGUCAGGGAAACAUGGACGUGGAGAUGAGCUGUCACAGAGAACUUGAACAGAUGUCAGGGAAGGGGAACUAUUUAUCAAGAAGGAAAUUAAGUUAUUUAUUUAUGGGAGAUGACGAAGAGCAAGAGGAGCAAUAAAAAGGCAUCAGGAGAAAAGAGAGAGCGAGCCCAGAAAUGGAGAAUGAGAACAUAUGCACAUGGGGCUCACCUAAAGGGAGGUGGAGGGAAAAGUAGAUCUGAGGGACUGAGGGGGUCUAAAAGGAAGCAAAAGGCUAGCCAUUGCUUGGCUGGAUACCCACAAGAGCCAUCUGCACCCUCAAUGAAGCCCAAUA